UGUGUUGUGGGGAGGUAGAGGAACGGCUUGCGACCGGUUAUUAUUUCAAUGACCGUUGUGGCCGUUGGACGUACGUUUGCGAAAAGCACUAUCGAUUUGACGUGCUUACACGCUACCAUGGCUUAUUGUUUGCCUCCAGUGCCUCGCGUCUUUUGAGUGAUAGGUUCGCGGCAUCGCAGGUAACUGCCACCGUAGUUCCGUGCCGGUUUUGACUGUGCUCGUUUGCGUGCCUUUCCGACGUUGUUGUGUGUUCGAAUCAACAGUGCCGGCUUCAACAGUUCUCUUUCCUCUGUUCGUCGCCAGCAGCGAUUUGAGUUCACUCGGAUUAUUCUGGACACUUCUGAGCAAGCGUUACCCGUGAACUUUUACAAAAAUGACCAACAGCCACCAGCAAGGGUUCCUGUCGGAGGCCAAUUGUCCUGUCAAGGUCACCGUUCGGUCGGACCCCAUCACAGACCACUACAUCAUUGAGCCCAGACCGUUUGCAAGAGGCAAGUUUGCCACGGUGCGCCGAUGCGUCCACAAGGCUUCUGGGCGGGACUACGCUGCCAAGUACAUCCGUAAGCGUCGACGAGCAUCUGACGUGCGGCACGAGAUACUGCACGAAGCCCUCGUGCUAAGCCUCUGUGAGACGUGCCCCCGUGUCGUAGACCUCAAGGAGGUCUUUGAGACUACCAGCGAGAUCGUCCUUAUCCUGGAAUUGGCAUCUGGAGGCGAACUGCAACAUGUUCUUGACAGUGAAGAGUUCCUUCCAGAGGCAACAGUGGUACGACUUAUGAACCAAAUCCUAGAAGCCGUCCGGUACCUCCACCAGAAGAACAUAGCACAUCUGGACAUCAAGCCUCAGAACCUGCUGCUGACCUCAGCUUAUCCUCAGGGAGACAUCCUUCUAUGCGAUUUUGGCAUCUCACGCGUCAUCGGAAAAGGCACCGAAAUCAGAGAGAUCGUCGGCACUCCAGACUACGUGGCUCCUGAGAUCUUGCAGUAUGAACCCAUUAGUCUAGCAACGGAUAUGUGGAGCUUGGGAGUUCUUGCAUAUGUGUUGCUCUCUGGACAUUCACCGUUUGGAGGGGAUACGAAACAGGAAACAUUCUGCAACAUUACCAAUGGCAGCUUGGAUUUCCCAAAAUACCUGUUCGGGCAAGUGUCGAGUGCAGCAAAAGAUUUCAUCAAGAAACUUCUCGUCCGGGAGUCAAGCAAACGUUUGACAGUGGACGAAUGCUUGACUCACCCAUGGCUACAGCAAGACAACAACCCCGUUGUUCCACCGUUGGAGCACGUGGCCGAAAUUCCCCAACCGUCUUCCCCCCUCUCCACGAGCUCCGCCAGCUCCUCGGACUCGUGCAUGGAAUCGGACUGUGGUGAAGGUUCCGACACAACCGGAUCUCCAGCUUCAAACACUGAGACAGAGGCACACUCAGACAGACUCUUUGAAGAGUACCCAGCGAUUCCUCCUCCGCUUCCCAAAACGCCGCCACCCAGUCUCGGAAUCAUACACCGGGACCUUAGUCCCAGGAUCAUGUCAAGAAGCCCUCUCCUGGACAGUACAAACCAAAACAAGCAGACGUCUAGCAUUCACAUCAACGUUACACCGCGUAUUCGACAUCAAAUUGUCGUUGACCACCACAAGGUUUCAUCGUCGACCAUCGAGCGUCGAACGGCCACGGUCCGCCAGGAAGUGGAGACUGUGAGGAUGGAGUUGGAUGGACUUUCCAUUAAUGGCAAACGGCUCAUGUUCAGUGAUGAAAUCCUCGUGGACGAGCGGGUUGGUGUUGUCUACUGAAUGUGGACUCUGUCUUGCUGUGCCACGUGUGGUGCACUAGUACAUACACCAGAGACACUAAAGUGACCAAGAACUUCAACCCAGUUUCUGGGGCCAUGCUAAGUUAUUAUCACAUUCAGGUUGAGUUUGUGAAACUGAAAAGAAAAGAUUGAGGUAGGAAGGUGAGGCAACAGCAAAGCUUUAUUGAGUUGUUCUGAUGAAGAUUGCAGCUGGCAUCAUAUUAGAGUCUUGUUUCUGUGCAGCUUGGCAGAGACUGAGGUGGGAUGUUUUAACUGAUUCUUUUACUUCCCUCUGUGUUCUGCUGUCCUACAUCCGCUAUGCAGUGUAUACUGCGUAGGUACCAAAAGUGUGGAUGGAUGAAUGUCUGUGUACAUAUGUUUGUUCUUCUGCCAAGCUUGUGCAGUACCUUGUUUCAGAGUACCCUGCUUCGGAGUAUUAUACCACCGAAUGUGGUGAUGGAGAAAACUUGUGAAAACAUUUUUUUUUUUUUUUUUUGGUCUCUGUGUCAUUUGUUCAAGGAGGAAUUGAGCUUCAGCUACGAGUUGGGUUUCAGAAAAAGCUGUCACUGUUUCCGGGUUGUCAGAUUUUCUUACGGUUUUCUAGUCUUUCUCAGAAGGUGUGAAUGAAAUGAGCUUGGUGGUAGUUGAGACUGUUCUUUGAUCUAGGGAUAUGAUUUACUGAAGUUUCACUUUAUUGCUGUAAUGUUUUUCAAACGUAUCACUCUGCCCCGAUGUCAAGUGCAAUUUUAGUACACUUAAUUUGAACUUGAAAGUGUGGUCAGAUGCGUAGUUUAAGAUGCACACUUUUACUGUCUUUAGCCCAACAGGUAAAUUUCUUUGUCAAUUUCAAGGCAAAGCCAGAUCUCUUCUGUUAAAUCUCCACUUUGAUACACUUUUUCGUACAUGUAUGUUUAUACAUACGUUUGCGCAAGGCCUCUGGGGCCUUAACACGUUUUUGUAUGUUUUAUGUGCCUUGCAAUUCGAAAAUCUCGUAGCUCUACUUCUACAUGUCAUAUUGCUUCUGAAGUAUGCUCCAUACAUACAAGGGCGAUAUAUUUUCUAUUUCAUGUAUUUUCCAGUCUGGAACAUGCACUAAAAGUGCACACCUCAUGCAAAGCAAGAUCAGUUGUAUUAAGGGCAUUGUGUUGAAUAUUUUAACCAACCUUGAAACAUUAACAUUGAAAUGAGCUAGUGCAGAAGACCAUUCUCUGAACAUCCACAUAUGUUGUAAGCUUUGUAAAAACACAUUUAGAAAUCACUUUUAAUCUUACUAUCCAUUUCACACUUAGGAACAUCAGGUUCUUUGCCCACUGGGGGAGGUGUCAGAGCAAUCUUCUCCAUGUCCUUUUCAAGAAGCAGUGCGUGUUAUAGGCUGGACAUGCAAUACUGCCAUCUUGCAAGAGUGAUGUGUGUUUGAAUAGAAGCCACCAAUAAUGCUGCGGGGAGUGUUAUUUGUUUGAUGAGUCUCCUGUUGACUGUAACACAUUGAGAGUCCCUCCUUCGGACAGGAGACAGAGGAGGAAGUUUUACCCACCAACAAAGCUUAGUCUACACCCCUGCCAUAAAACAUAAGCCCAACCAGAUGCAUGUGCCUUAACAUUACCCAAGCACAAAAAAAAAUUUUAAAUGUGUACCUUGCAUAAUUUUAUACAGAAGUUAUUGUUCAAAUUAUGAGGUUACACUAUGCAUGACUGGUCUUUCAAGAUGUGGCUAUGGCUGUAAAUAAGCUUCUUGCCAAUUGCAGCCACUAAGGGUUAGGACUACACAUUGUGUACCGAAUUGUAAGUUUGAAAAACAUUUUUGCGUCCAACUUCCUUAGAAUUGCAUGCACGUGGGCUUGUCACGUACCGUUUGCAUAAGCCACAAAAAUGUCAGCAUGUCUGGGAUUGCCCCCCUAGGAAUUUUUUUAACUGUAGUUGUUUCUUUGUCUUAUUUAUUUUUGCUUUUUGAGUUGAAUUUAAAAGUGCCACAAAUAAUAA